CGCUGACGAAAAACAUGAGUCGUAGCCAGCCAACGGCGAAGAAGUCGCCGCAAUCGUCGCGGGACGACGAGAAACGUCGUUCGGUGUCGAUCGACGUCGAGGAGACGAUCAGUGAUAUAUUGAAACCGUGCGCGAUCGCGCCGAAGAAACUGACUCCUACGAAGGAGGAAGAGCCGAAGGGAAACGAGGAGAAAGAUGAAACGGCGUCGACGACGACGGCGGCCAUAUACAGAACGACGACCGGCAGGAGUCAUAGCGCGGACGUCGGACGCGUUAAGAAUGAAAAGCUCGUCGAGGAACGAAGGCAUACGGAAGCUGAUCCAAGAAUGAUCGCGACGAGGUGGCUACCGCAAAUUAACACCUCAGGGUUCCGCUACGACGCGUCUCCAUUCGCCAGGAUCAGCCACAGCGAAAUCACGAAAUACGCGGCUGCCAGGUGGAUGACAUUCAUCAAGAACCCGUCCACGUGCCCGAUACCGCGAACGAAUCCGGAAACAAAGGCGUCCUCCUCCACGACCGAAGCGAGUCGCGAUGAUUUGCAGCACGAUGACGCUAAAAACGUGUCGCCGAAAUGGGAGCCAAUAAGAAAGUUCUCUCCGAUGGCGUCGCCGAAGGUUGACAAGGAUGCUACGCAGAAGAAAGACGACGAAGGGUCCAAUCGAGAUUCACCGUCAACGAAACUGUCCCCUGACUCGACCGAACAAACUAAGACGCUAACGCAGCGUAUGCGAGAUCUCUACGACUUUAAAACGGAAAACGAAUGGCCGAAGAGGGCAGUGAAUACUCGACGCGAAAACAUGUGGAUCAGCAAAAGUAGCAGCGAGGAGGAUAAAUCCAGUCAGCCUGUGCGCAGAAACAGCCAAGAUUUAGAAUUCAAUGACAGGGUAAAUGUAAUUAAGCUAAGGGACACGAAGGUGCAAUCAGACUUCCAAAAGCCCAAAGUGAAUACUCCUGAGAAAGAGGAUCGCCAAAAGCGUACGGAGAUCCCCAACAGUGAUUACGAGGAACGUCUGAGGAAAUUCAACGAGAGGCUCAGGCACAACGAAGACCUAGGUUCAGCGAAGCCAAAACUGAAGGAAAGGAGAACGCAUUCCGACGACCACGACGAGAAAGUUCGCCGAGCUUCGACGCGAUCGACGCGUUCGACGCGUACGCAGGGUUCGCAAGAUGACCGUCAUCCGUUCGAAAGAAAAAGGCAUUCGGACGCGGGUAGCAGACCCAGAAACAGCCACGCAGAGGUGAGCCCGAUGAAAAGGGAUUCUCGUACGAGCGACGCUGGCCACGCAAGUCACAUCGGGACCCAUAUGAAGCGUGCAAGUGUUGAUUGCAAGAGCACACGGCAAAUGGUAGAAGUUCCACCGCGAAGAGCCUUCAGCCAAACCGAGGAGAGACCAACGACGCCAGUGCCACCUGUCAAAUGGAACAACGACCGUUACGCGGAUGCUCGUUUGAAGGUACUCUCAGAACGUCAAAAGAGGGACAGUACGAGAUACAAAGUGUAUCUGACAUGA